UGCAGGAAAAGACACAUACCAAUCCGGCGUGCCCUCGGCCCGGGUAUAAAGGUGCACCGAGUCAUCAGAUGGACACCACUUGUUCAAUCCACGGCGGCACUGCUUCAGUCUGCACUCCUACACUACAUCAUGAUGCGAAUUGUGCUCCUGCUGACGGCGGCUGUUCUGGGAGCCGCCGCCGACCAUCCGCCGCCCGCCGUGUCGUCCUACCAGGCCGGGGCGGCCGUCAGUGCGGCACCACAGCCCGUCCAGGACACCUACGAGGUGGCUGAGGCCAAGAGGGUCUUCCAGCAGGAGUACCAGAAGCUGGCCAGGGAGGCUGAACUGGCCCCCGACACCCACCAGUACACUGCGCAGCCCCAGUACUACCAGCAGCAACCCCGUCCCGCCUACACCCUCGGCCAGGCCCCACAGCCCGUCCAGGACACCUACGAGGUGGCUGAGGCCAAGAGGACCUUCCAGCAGGAGUACCAGAAGCUGGCCAGGGAGGCUGAACUGGCCCCCGACACCCACCAGUACACUGCGCAGCCCCAGUACUACCAGCAGCAGCCCCGUCCCGCCUACACCCUCGGCCAGGCCCCACAGCCCGUCCAGGACACCUACGAGGUGGCUGAGGCCAAGAGGGCCUUCCAUCAGGAGUACCAGAAGCUGGCCAGGGAGGCUGAACUGGCCCCCGACACCCACCAGUACACUGCGCAGCCCCAGUACUACCAGCAGCAGCCCCAGUACUACCAGCAGCAGCCCCGUCCCGCCUACACCCUCGGCCAGGCCCCACAGCCCGUCCAGGACACCUACGAGGUGGCUGAGGCCAAGAGGGCCUUUCAGAUGGAGUUUGACCGGCGCGCUGCUCUGGCUCAGUCUCCCUCGUACAACUGAAGGAUGGCUGCUGAAAGAUGACUGUGUGUUGCAGUGUUCCCGUGGAUGAAAUAAAGCGUAUUUCGUUGUUUUA